CGCACCACAUGACUCCGCCGUCGGGAGAAACUUUUCCCGUCCCGCGGUCGGAAAAUGGCGGCGUAGGGAGCGGGGCUCUAGCAUCCCGGCGGCUCCCGGCGCCAUGACCCGCUGGGUACCCACCAAAAGGGAGGAGAAGUACGGCGUAGCUCUCUACAACUACGAUGCCAGGGGACCUGAUGAACUCUCACUGCAGAUUGGGGACACUGUGCACAUCCUGGAAACCUAUGAGGGUUGGUACAGGGGUUAUACACUACGAAAGAAAUCCAAGAAGGGCAUAUUCCCUGCCUCCUAUAUCCAUCUCAAGGAAGCAAUCGUUGAAGGCAAAGGCCAACACGAGACUGUGAUCCCCAACGAGCUGCCCCUGAUCCAGGAGGUCACCACCACGCUGAGGGAAUGGUCCAUCAUCUGGAGACAGCUCUAUGUGCAGGACAACAGGGAAAUGUUCCGCAGCGUCCGGCACAUGAUUUACGACCUGAUCGAGUGGAGAUCCCAAAUCCUCUCUGGGACCCUGCCCCAAGACGAGCUCAAGGAGCUGAAAAAGAAAGUGACUGCCAAAAUUGAUUAUGGCAACAGAAUUCUGGAUUUAGAUCUGGUGGUUAGAGAUGAAGAUGGCAACAUUUUGGACCCAGAGCAGACCAGCACCAUCAGCCUUUUCAGAGCACAUGAAAUCGCUUCCAAGCAAGUGGAGGAGAGGCUGCAGGAGGAAAAAUCUCAGAAGCAGAAUAUUGAUAUCAACAGACAAGCCAAGUUUGCUGCCACUCCUUCAUUUGCUUUAUUUGUGAAUUUAAAAAACGUCGUGUGUAAAAUAGGAGAAGAUGCAGAAGUGCUGAUGUCUCUGUAUGACCCCCUGGAAUCCAAAUUCAUCAGUGAGAACUACCUGGUGAGGUGGUCGAGCUGUGGCCUCCCCAAGGACAUUGACAGGCUGCACAACCUGAGGGCUGUGUUCACCGACCUGGGCAGCAAGGACCUGAAGAGGGAGAAGAUCAGUUUUGUGUGUCAGAUCGUGCGUGUGGGCAGGAUGGAGCUGCGGGACAACAACACCAGGAAGCUGACGUCGGGGCUGCGCAGGCCCUUCGGGGUGGCAGUGAUGGAUGUUACCGACAUCAUUAACGGCAAGGUUGAUGAUGAGGACAAGCAGCACUUCAUCCCCUUCCAGCCGCUAGCGUUGGAUGACGCCAUUCGACACAAGCAGCUGAACAUAUCAUCCCGUUUUUCACCCAGGGUGGCAGGGGAGAAUGAUUUCCUGCAGACUGUUAUAAACAAAGUGAUUGCUGCUAAAGAAGUCAACCACAAGGGUCAGGGUCUGUGGGUGACUUUGAAACUUCUUCCAGGAGAUAUCCAUCAGAUUAGGAAAGAGUUUCCACACUUAGUGGACAGGUCAACAGCAGUGGCUCGGAAAAUGGGCUUUCCUGAGAUAAUCAUGCCUGGAGAUGUUAGAAAUGACAUCUAUGUCACCUUGGUGCAGGGAGAUUUUGACAAAGGCAGUAAAACCACAGCAAAGAAUGUGGAAGUCACAGUGUCUGUUUAUGAUGAAGAUGGCAAGAGAUUAGAGAGUGUUAUUUUUCCUGGUGCUGGUGAUGAAGCCAUCUCAGAGUACAAGUCAGUGAUCUAUUACCAAGUAAAGCAGCCUCGCUGGUUUGAGACUGUAAAGGUUGCCAUCCCCAUCGAGGACGUGAACCGCAGCCACCUGAGGUUCACCUUCCGCCACAGAUCCUCCCAGGACUCCAAAGACAAAUCUGAGAAAAUAUUUGCUCUGGCAUUUGUGAAGCUCAUGAGAUAUGAUGGGACGACUCUGAGGGAUGGAGAGCAUGACCUUAUAGUUUACAAGGCAGAGGCCAAGAAGCUGGAGGAUGCCUCCACCUAUCUGAGUCUGCCAUCCACAAAGAUUGAGCUGGAGGAGAAGGGACACUCAGCCACAGGCAAGAGCAUGCAGAACCUUGGGAGCUGCACCAUCAGCAAGGACUCCUUCCAGAUUUCCACCCUGGUCUGCUCAACAAAGCUUACCCAGAAUGUUGAUCUCUUGGGACUGCUGAAGUGGAGAUCCAACACGAGCCUGUUGCACCAGAACUUGAAGCAGCUGAUGAAAGUUGAUGGUGGUGAAGUGGUCAAGUUCCUUCAAGAUACACUGGAUGCCCUUUUUAACAUCAUGAUGGAGAACUCAGAGAGUGAAACCUUUGACACUUUGGUGUUUGAUGCUUUGGUAUUUAUCAUUGGACUGAUUGCUGACAGAAAAUUUCAACAUUUCAACCCUGUCUUGGAGACCUACAUCAAGAAGCAUUUCAGUGCUACCUUGGCCUACACGAAACUGACCAAGGUUUUAAAAACCUACGUGGACAAUGCUGAGAAGUGUGGGAUCACUGAUCAACUCUUCAAAGCCAUGAAAGCCCUGGAAUACAUCUUCAAGUUCAUUGUCCGCUCCAGGAUAUUGUUCAACCAGCUGUAUGAAAACAAAGGAGAAGCAGACUUCAGGGAGUCUCUGCUGCAGCUCUUCAAGUCCAUCAAUGAGAUGAUGAGCAGCAACUCUGACCAGACUGUCAUAGUGAAGGGUGCAGCACUGAAAUACUUGCCAGCAAUUGUCAAUGAUGUGAAAUUGGUGUUUGAUCCAAAGGAACUCAGCAAGCUCUUCACCGAGUUCAUCCUCAACGUGCCCGUGAGCCGCCUGACCAUCCAGAAGCUCUACUGCCUCAUCGAGAUCGUGCACAGCGACCUCUUCACCCAGCACGACUGCAGGGAAAUCUUGCUGCCAACAAUGACAGACCAGCUCAAGUAUCACUUGGAGAGACAAGAAGAUUUGGAGGCUUGCUGCCAGUUGCUGAGUAACAUCCUGGAAGUGCUCUACAAGAAAGACGUGGGCCCCACACAGCGCCAUGUGCAGAUCAUCAUGGAGAACCUGCUGAGGACAGUGAACCGAACUGUGAUUUCCAUGGGCCGGGACUCAGAGCUCAUUGGGAGUUUUGUGGCCUGCAUGACAGCCAUCCUGAGGCAAAUGGAGGAUUACCACUAUGCCCAUUUAAUCAAGACUUUUGGCAAGAUGAGGUCGGAUGUUGUGGAUUUCCUGAUGGAGACAUUCAUCAUGUUCAAGAACCUGAUUGGGAAGAACGUCUACCCCUUCGACUGGGUGAUCAUGAACAUGAUGCAGAACAAAGUCUUCCUGCGAGCAAUUAAUCAGUAUGCAGAUAUGCUAAACAAAAAAUUCCUUGAUCAAACCAACUUUGAGUUACAGCUCUGGAACAACUAUUUCCACCUGGCUGUUGCUUUUCUCACACAAGAAUCUUUACAACUGGAGAAUUUUUCAAGUGCUAAAAGAGCAAAAAUCCUUAACAAGUACGGGGACAUGAGGAGGCAGAUUGGGUUUGAGAUCAGGGACAUGUGGUACAACCUGGGUCAGCAUAAAAUCAAGUUCAUCCCAGAAAUGGUGGGGCCAAUCCUGGAGAUGACCCUGAUCCCAGAAACAGAGCUGCGGAAAGCCACCAUCCCCAUCUUCUUUGACAUGAUGCAGUGUGAAUUCCACUCCACCAGGAGCUUCCAGAGGUUCGAAAACGAGAUCAUCACCAAACUGGAUCACGAAGUGGAAGGAGGCCGUGGAGAUGAGCAGUACAAAGUGUUAUUUGACAAAAUUCUCUUGGAGCACUGCAGGAAACACAAAUACCUGGCCAAGAGUGGGGAGACCUUUGUGAAGCUGGUGGUGAGGCUGAUGGAGAGGCUGCUGGACUACAGGACCAUCAUGCACGACGAGAACAAGGAGAACCGCAUGAGCUGCACCGUCAACGUGCUGAAUUUCUACAAGGAGAUCGAGAGGGAAGAGAUGUACAUAAGGUACCUGUACAAGCUGUGUGACCUGCACAAGGAGUGUGACAACUACACAGAGGCUGCCUACACCUUACUCCUGCACGCAAAGCUCCUCAAGUGGUCAGAAGAAGCAUGUGCAGCACAUCUUACCCAGCGGGAUGGAUACCAAGCUGCUACUCAAGGACAGCUGAAAGAUCAGCUCUAUCAAGAAAUUAUCCAUUACUUUGACAAGGGCAAGAUGUGGGAAGAGGCCAUUGCCUUGGGUAAAGAACUUGCAGAACAGUAUGAAAAUGAAAUGUUUGAUUAUGAACAACUCAGUGAACUGCUGAGGAAACAAGCCCAGUUCUAUGAAAACAUUGUGAAGGUGAUACGACCAAAACCAGAUUAUUUUGCUGUUGGAUACUAUGGCCAGGGAUUCCCAACAUUCAUAAGGAACAAAGUGUUCAUUUACCGGGGCAAGGAGUACGAGCGCCGCGAGGACUUUGAGGCGCGGCUGCUGACGCAGUUCCCCAACGCCGAGAAGAUGAAGACAACGUCACCCCCCGGUGAUGACAUCAAAACCUCCUCUGGCCAGUAUAUUCAGUGCUUCACUGUAAAGCCCAAACUGGAUUUACCCUCGAAAUUUCACAGGCCGGUGUCAGAGCAAAUAGUGAGUUUCUACAGGGUGAAUGAAGUCCAACGCUUUGAGUAUUCACGUCCUGUUCGAAAAGGAGAGAAAAACCCAGACAACGAAUUUGCAAACAUGUGGAUUGAGAGAACCAUCUACGUGACAGCCUACAAAUUACCGGGGAUCCUCAGGUGGUUUGAGGUCAAAUCAGUUUUCAUGGUGGAGAUCAGCCCGCUGGAAAACGCCAUAGAAACCAUGCAGCUGACCAAUGACAAGAUCAAUAACAUGGUGCAGCAGCACCUCAACGACCCCAACCUGCCCAUCAACCCCCUGUCCAUGCUGCUCAACGGCAUCGUGGACCCUGCUGUCAUGGGGGGCUUCGCCAACUACGAGAAGGCUUUUUUUACUGAAAAAUACAUGCACGAGCAUCCAGAAGAUCAUGACAAGAUUGAGAAGCUGAAGGAUCUGAUUGCUUGGCAGAUCCCAUUCCUGGCUGAAGGCAUCCGGAUCCACGGGGAGAAGGUGACAGAGGCCCUGAGGCCGUUCCAUGAGAGGAUGGAGGCGUGUUUCAGGCAGCUGAAGGACAAGGUGGAGAAGCAGUACGGCGUCCGCGCCAUCCUGUCGGGGCUGGAGGAGCGGCGGGGCAGCCGGCCGCGCUCCAUGGUGCGCUCCUUCACCAUGCCCUCCUCCUCCCGGCCCCUCUCCGUGGCCUCCGUGUCCUCCCUCUCCUCGGACAGCACUCCCUCCCGGCCCGGCUCCGACGGGUUCGUGCUGGAGCCCCUCCUGCCAAAAAAGAUGCAUUCUAGGUCGCAAGAUAAAUUGGACAAGGAUGACCUAGAUAAAGAUAAAAAGGAAAAGAAGAAGGAGAAGAGGAACAGCAAGCAUCAAGAGAUAUUUGAUAAAGAAUUUAAAUCUACUGAUAUUUCUCUGCAGCAGGCUGAAGCAGUGAUCCUUUCAGAAACGAUCAGCCCCCUGAGGCCGCAGAGACCCAAGAGCCAGGUGCUGAGCGUGAUGUCCAGCGAGCGGCGAUUCUCCGUGUCCCCAGCGCCGCCCAGCUCCCAGCUGAGCCCGCCCCCCAUCACCCCUCGGGCCAAACUCGCCUUCAGCAUCCAGCCCAAUCUGGAGCUGAAUGGGAUGUCCAGCUCCGACAUCCCCGACGUUCCCCCUCCUCUGCCCCUCAAAGGAAGCACGGCCGACUACGGGAACCUCAUGGAGAGCCAGGACCUGGUCAGCCCCACCACGUCCCCCCCUGCCCACCAACGGGAUUUUUCCUCUUCUGGGAAGCUGAGGCCCCAGAGAAAGAAUGUAAACGAUGGUUCUCUGCUGCUGUGGAAUGCAACAGGUGUAGCUGUGGUUGGUCUUCUCACCUGCCUCCUCCUCUGCCCAGCAAGACUCCACCGCCGCCGCCUCCCAAGACGACGCGGAAGCAAACGUCUGUUGACUCUGGGAUUGUCCAGUGAAGAAGGAAGCGGGUUGUUUUCCAAAGAUCAAGCUGUAACAAUUCAUUUCCCUAAGUAUUUUAUGGUCUAUAAUGUUUACCUCAUUCAGGUGUGCAGUAUCUAACAUUUAGUGCAAUGGUAACUCCGUAAGAAAUCCAUUUCUCGCCGUGUGUCAGACCCAACACUACAUCCCCUUGUUUUUGGGAUCAUUCCCUCCCAUAACUUGAAAGAAAUCUGGAUUUCUACUUGAGACUUGGGAACUCCACCAACUGACAGAACCCUCUUCCUAAACCUUCUCCCUGCUUCUGGAUAACGCCAGGCACAGAGCUGAACAUGGAGAUCAAAAUGAGAGCUGGAAAUGUUGUACCUAAAGGUUUUGGGUACCUCCGGAGCUUCAAAUGAGCAGAGUUUUUGUACCUAAUCUCAGUGUAUAUAGGAAUCAAUGACAAUAUUCGCUUGGAAUUCAGGGCAAGAGGAGGUUUCCCAGUGAGGUGAAGCUGCUGUAGGAUUUCCCUGAAUAACAGGGAUUUUAGCCCAGGGUUAUAAAUCAGACACCGCUGAUUUGUGAAAUUGGUCUGUGUUACAAAUAACCUGAUUGCAAUGAGCACAGUGGGGAUUUGGGGCUGUCUUGGCCACGGUGACCACGAUGCCAUCGAGUUUAAAACCUCUGGUGAGAGGAGGAAAAGUGCCAGCAGAACCUCCCCUCUGACCAUGAGGCUGCUCAGGGAAUUUGUGAAGUCCCCUGGGAAAAUGUUCUUGUAGGUGCUGGGGUCCAUCAGUGCUGGUCCCUUUUUAAACAUCACCUCCCAAGGGCACAGGAGCAGCAAUUCCCAAAUGUUGGAAGUCAAGCAGAGCUGGCUUGGCUGAACAGGGAUCUCCUCUUGGAUAUCAGGUGGAAAAGGAAGGUGUGUGCCAGUGGAAGCAAGGUCAGGGGCAUGGGAACAACACAGAGCUGCAGCUCCCCACUGCAGGGAGAAAACUCCUGUGGUCAAAGCUCAGCUGGAGCUGGAGCUGCCAGAACUGUUGGGGACACACACAAAAAAAGAAUUUUUUUCAAAUAUAUCAAUGGCAAAAGGCAGUGUAAAAAUAUCAUCAGCCCAUUCUAGGAUGGGCACCUCACAAACAGGGACAGGGACCAGGCAGAGGUGUUUUACACAUCCUUUGUCUGUCUUCAGCGUGGGUCACAGACCGAGAGGGUCCCAGUGCCCUGAGGACCAUGACUGUGGCAAUGAUCAACUCCCAGUCAGCCUGAAACUGCAGGAUCUGCAGCCCCAGCUGAACCCUGCAAACCUAUGGGCCCUGAUGGGAUUCAUCCAGAGUCCUCAAAGAGCUGCUGAUCCCAUCAUAAAACCUCUCCUGAUGAUUUUUGAGCAGUCUGGGGAAUCCAGAGAGGUCCCAGCUGACUGGAAGCUGGGAAUGUUGUCCUGAUUUUCAAGAAGGGCAAGAAGGAGGACGCUGGAAACUACAAGCCCAGUAAAAUCAUGGAGAAGAUUGUUCUGGGAGGUCCUGGAAAACACCUGGAGGACAAUGCAGUCAUGGGUCACAGCCAGCACAGCUCCAUGAGGGAAAAUCCUGCUUGUGGAACCCAAUUUCCUUCUUUACCCCCGCAGGGUAACCCAGCUGGCUGAUCCAGGAAAGCCAGGAGAUGGAAUCUUUUUGGACUUCUGCAAAGCUUUUGAUACAUCUCCCACAGGAUCCUUUUGGACAAAAUGUCCAUCCUGCAGCUGGAGGAACACAUCAUGGUUUGGGUGAGCAGCUGGCUCAGGGUAGGUGACAGUGACGGGGGUGGCACCAGGCUGGCACCAGUCACAAUAUAAACAGGACAUUAAACUGUUAGAGGGUGUCCAAGGGGAAGGGAUUGAGGAGAAGCCGUGUGAGGAGCAGCUGAGGGCACUUGGAAUGUUCAGCUGGAGGAGAGGAGGCUGAGGGGAGGCCUUGGUGGGACAGCAGCAUCCUGCUGUGGGAAAUGCCACAGUUCAUUGUCACAGUCAGGGACAGGAGCCAGGGAAUGGCUGGAGCUGGGCCAGGGAGGUUUUAGGUUGGAUUUAGGGAAAGGUUCAUCCCCAGAGGGUGCUGGCACUGCCCAGGGAAUGGGCACAGCCCCAAGGCUGCCGGAGCUCCAGGAGGGUUUGGACACCACUCUAGGGUGGGAUUUUGGGGUGUCUGUGCAGGGGUAAGAGCUGGAUCAAUGAUCCCUGAGGGUCCCUCCCAGCUGAGGAUGAUCUGUGAGUAAUGGGCUCUGUAAAAUCACUGGUGAUCACCCACUGCCAUUGCCAUUCAGCUGGGGUGUCCAUGAGGGGAAAACAACAGCCUUGGAGCUGCCAACGAGGAUAUGGCAGAGAAAACAGUGAGCAGAGAGGAGACUCCUGGUCAUUCUGAACCUAAAUGUUGAGUACAGAAACGGGAAGAGCUUUUUCCUUUCUCUGUUGUGUAAUAUUUCACGUUGGAUUAGGAUGAACUGAGCGGAAUCACUUUGUCCUUGUGCCAUCAUUCUGUACAGUGUUUGUAUAUAUGAUGGUUUUUAGAAUGUUUUAAUUUUUAUGGUGCCUGCUUUUCACGUCAUAAUGAUUAAUGUGCCUGCAAAGAAUGCUUUAUGUAUUCUUAAUUUCCUAAUUGCUGAAAGUGUAAAGAAAAGACAAAAAGUGGUUUUUUUCGAGAUAUUAAACUCUGAGAAAUAUCAGACUGAUGGGAUGGGGUUUUGGGAGGGAGGAAGGAAACUAACUUUGUAUUCUAGUGGUUUUUUAUUGUCAUCACACUUGGUUUUUUUAUUAUCUACAAUCUUUUUACUCUUACAGUAGAUUGUUUUUAAAUAUACCACUGACUCAAAAAAAUAAACUAUUAUUUUAAAA